AUGUCAUCUAACGUUGGUAGUCUGGAAGAUAUGUCCAAGCCGGGCACCAGCCGCCUUCGCUCCAGACAAGCUUUGGCAGAUGAGGAUCUCUGUGAUAUGUUUGAUAUUAUCUCUGAUAACAAUGCCUGGAUCGAAGAUUAUCAUGAUAAUGUGGAUGAAAGUUGUAACAACGGUGGAGUCCAGAAGAGAGGACUCCGCUCUCGCCACCAGGCUGGUCCAGCCAAAAUCUUCAUCAGUAACCUAAAUGUUGGUUUCUCGCGCGCUGACCUUCACGACUUUUUUGCUAGACAAGGAGACAUUUGUGAAACAGCCAUAUACUACGAUCGCUUUGGAAAGCCAAUGGGCGCUGCACAUGUAGUUUUUGAGAAGCGAACAGAUGCUGUUAGAGCUCAGAAAAAAUACGACGGUUUUAAAAUUUUUGGCCGAAAAGUGAGCGUUAAAAUCGAUGAUGGAUCAUCAAGUGAAGAAAUGACGAUUAAGUCAUCAACCAAGAAGCCAACAUCUUUGAAUGAUUCAGGUAACGGUGAGGGUGACAAGCGGAGAAGUGGCGCCACCACUGGUCGGGGUGGCGGCAGGGGGGCAGCAGCAGCACGGCGAGCAGCCACAGCCAAGAAGCAGGCUGCUGAACAACUACAAGCUGAGCUGGAGGCUUUUGUCAGCCAGGUCCACCUCAGUGACAGCACCCCUAGAGAUUGUGAAUACGACCGUGAACACAACUUUUUAGACCAAUAGGAUUCCAAUUUUAUUUAAAAGCCAUUAUUUUGAUUAUUAACAAUAAUGUGUGUAUCCAGUCCUCUUUCUGACUACACAUAUCUUCUACGUAUCCAGUGUAUUUUGU